CACCACGCGCGUCCGCCUCCCCCAGCGCGCGCUGCUGCUGCGCCGCCACGCAGCUGGCCCCCCCGCCGCACCCACUCUCGCGCGCCCCUUGCUUGCCAGGCGCAUGGCGCCCAGCAGCCCUGCCCGCAGUGGCCCCCCUUGCACUCGCGCGCCCCAGGCAACCCCGCACUGUGCGGGCGGCAGCAGACGGCGACAUGGGCGGCAUGGCAGCCGUUGUGGGCGGCGCCGUGGCGGUGGUGGGGGCGGCAGCGGUGCUGGUGGGGCUGCAGCGAGGAGGGGAGUCGGAGAGAGCAGGGGAGGGCGAGGGGACUGCUGCUAAGGUUAAGCCUCCUGCACCAUACCCACGGCCCCAGCAGGUGCCGUGCGCGGCGUGCAGGGGCAGCGGCAUCUGCAGCACGUGCCAGGGCGAGGGUUUUGUGUCCAAAGCUGCCAGCGCUGGGCGGCCCUCCCGCGGACUGGGCUCCAACCCCCCCUCCGCCCAACGCUCCUCCGCCAG